UUUAAGAAUGAAAUUUAGAUGAGUUUAUUCGGGCAUUUUCUUGAAGGGAGUUUCCUGUGAGUGCAUGGGCUAUUCUCGUUGUUCCCUGCGUUUUAAUUAUGAAAAAUGUUCUCUUGGUGAAAAUGACAUGUGACUGUCUUUGCUGUGUUUUGGUUUUUAAUUUUUGUGGCUGUAGUGGAAAUGUUUUUAUCACACGAGAAUUACUCUAGGUUUUGCGAGGAUGUAUUGUUCCUCAGCUAGUUAGGAAAGGAUUUCUCUCGAAUGAUUUCCGGUGAUACCGAUAACCCUGGAUUCUAUCUUGUGAAGCAGAUUUCUCUUUGACUGCUGUUAAGCUACUUGGUGUCCUUACAUUGAUAGCUCAUCUUGUCCAGGCCAUGCUGCGAUAGAUUAGAUCUCUUCACAAUGACCAAUUUAUGCACUUAAAGAGUAUGCAUGAGGCCUCUAGUCGAAGAGCUGCUGUGCCUUUAAGGGCUAGUUCUUUAUCCAUAUCUCUAGUUCUUCUUCUUCUUCUUCUUCUUCUGUCUUCGAAUUUCCUGGCCUUCUAUCCUCUAGCCUUCCUUUUGUUCUUAACACCGUUACAUUUACCUUCUUUCACGGUCAACAACUGGUGCCUUGUGCACGUAAGUUGCUUUCUCUGCAUCUCAUAUUUCAUUAUGUAUUAUGUCGUCAUACAUUUCUCGUAUUUUCUUCGUUCAUUUCCUAGAUCUUCGUUUUCAUGUAGCUUUGCGUCACUUACUGGUACUUACGUGUAUCUUACAGAGUAUGUGGCGAUUCAUCUUUUAGAUGAAAUGUUGAGCUGUAGGCUCUGCAUUGUAAUGAUUCUGACAUACUGAACUUCAUGGUCUCUCUUUAUAAUAUUCCAUAAAAAACAAGCAUUCGAAUUUGCUAUCUACAAUGAAGUUCAUGACAUGGAUUCAGGAGAGGGCGUCAAAGUCGAUGCUAUCGUUUCAAAGAUCAUUUCGGCGGCGGCGUCAAGGAGGCCGUAGUCGCUUGCUGUGUUUGACAACUACCACUCAGACAGGGCACGCGUGGAAAGCCGCAUGGCCGGACUUAAUUUCACUAUUUUGGAGACUAGUGCUAUUCCAGUAUAUAGCACCUUGGCACCUUGGCAGAUUUCCGUGGUUGGUGCAAUCUUUACUUGGUUGAUUUUUGCACAGCUCACUGCCUUAUCUAAGCAUUUGCGGGCACUGGUACAACCAUUUGUGCUCCGACAUGUGGAAGAAGGGGUGCCGGUGGUCCUUGCUAUUCAGAAAUACAGGCAUCCGCAACUUGAUUAUUUCGUGGGGGUCCUUGCGACUUUAGUAUCCACGGAAUUUUAUUCAUUAGUGCUGCCCCUGCUUUUUUGGCAUGGGCAAACAAAGCUUGCGAGGCAAUUGACCUUAUUAAUGGCAACGUGCAUCUAUGUGGGCAAUUGUGUUAAGGACGUUGUCUGUGCACCAAGACCACCACCUCCAGUGCACAGAGUUGUUUCGUCUGGAACUGAGGAAACUAGUGCUGAAGAGUAUGGGUUACCUUCAUCUCACACAAUCAACAUAAUCUGCUUUGCAGGGUAUGUGCUCCAUUAUCUUAACGGCCAGCUUGUGGAGCCGAGAGCAUUUGCCACCACCGCCGUUUUGUUUACCAUAGUUGUAUUGCUCGUCAUUUCUGGAAGGCUAUACCUGGGGAUGCAUUCUCCAAUAGAUGUGUUAGCUGGGUGUACAAUUGGAACCGUAUUACUUCUUUGCUGGUGUUGUAUCGACGAAUAUUUGGAUGCCUAUGUUACUAGCGGCGAGAAUGUUGUUACAUUUUGGGCAGCUAUUGCCAUUCUUGCUUUAUAUGCAUAUCCUACUCCAGAGUCACCUACUCCUUCCUUCGAGUAUCAUACGGCUUUCAACGGCGUUGCCUUCGGCAUAGUAAGUGGAGUACGUCGAACAUUUUCACACUAUCCUUCUGAACUUGCAUCAGAAUUGCCACUCGCCCCUGCACAUAUUGGUUUGAAGACGGCACUUGGCAUAGUCACGAUCUUUGCCGCCAAAGAAGGGAGCAAGUACCUGGCGACGAUUUUUCUUCCCUUUCUUUGUAGCCUGUUAGAGACGUUGUUUGGUUUCCGUUUCCGUUCAACUUCAUAUGUGAAAUCUAUGAGGAAAGGGGUUGAAGAUGGUACGAAGGCCUCGGUAGAGAAGUUCGGCGGUGCAACAAAGACUUUUUGCAAGAUUGAUGACCCGAUGGAUGUUGACACCGGUAUUAGAUCAGUGCAAUAUGCCACAAUGGGAUGGGCAGUUGUCGAACUUGUCCCAUGUGUGUUUUCUCUUUUCGCUUUGUAACACCACUCUAGGAUGUGCUUCGUUUAGGACGUCGCCAAUUGGAACUAGUUCUUACGGCAUAGACGGUUUUGACCUGUUGAGCUGUAUAAAUGUGAAACUCGCAUUCUUGUAACAAUACUAUUUUAUGCAAUAGUACGAUUCUUUCGGGUGUCUAUGUACACCCACGAUAUUAUACAGGAGAAAAUUGACUA